CUGUGUAGAUUAAGGACACUUUUUUUAAGUUGAAACCAACCAACCAACCAACCGCUUACUCCUCUCAAGUCUAUUGAGUUGUCUUUGUCUUGAAGCACUUUGGGUUGCUUACUCUACUCUCUUUAGUCUUUACCCUUUCACAUUACAGUUCACCUCUCCUUCUCUCAACCAACUUCAACCUUUUCCUUUCAUUUUAAAAAAAAAAAAUCCUGUUUUUAAUGGUCUUUUGGGUCAAAUUUUUGGCUAUGAAAAGAUCAUCAAUUUCAAAAGAUGUAAUAGUGAACAAUGAGUAUAACAGAGAGAUAGAUUGGGAGCUAAGACCUGGUGGCAUGCUGGUUCAAAAGAGAGAUGCUGGGGAUGGCUCUUCCAGGGCCAUGAUCAAGAUCAAGGUCUCUUAUGGUUCUUAUCACCAUGACCUCACCGUCCCUGCUCAAUCCACCUUUGGGGAUUUGAAAAGGGUUCUUGCCCAAGAGACUGGUCUGGAGCCAAAGGAGCAGAGAUUGUUGUUUAGAGGUAAAGAAAAAGAUGAUGAAGAAUGUUUACACAUGGUAGGUGUAAAAGAUAUGUCAAAGGUAAUUUUGUUCGAGGACCCAGCCAGCAAAGAGAGGAAGCUUGAGGAGAUGAAUAGAAAUCAAGGCAUACUUAAAGCUUAUGAAGAUGUUGCUAAAGUCAGAAUGGAGGUUGAUAAACUCUCAGAGAAGGUUGCUGCCUUAGGGGCAACUAUCCGUGGUGGCGCCAAGGUUGCAGAAAAGGAAUUCCUUGUCUUAACAGAGUUACUUAUGGUGCAGUUGCUUAAACUGGACUCCAUUGAAGCAGAUGGAGAAGCAAAAGUUCAGAGGAGGAUUGAGGUGAGCCGAAUUUUGCUGUCAACCUUCUUGAAAAUCCUUUUUAUUUCUUUUUUAGUCCCGAGGGAGAAUUCAGUUGGGCCAUCACACAGAUAACUUGCUCUCCAUGUGCCAAAAGGUUCGUCGAGUACAGAGUUUUGCGGACACAAUAGACAGUCUAAAGGCAAGAAACUCGAACCCCUUCAGCAGCGGCAGCAACGCAGUAUCAGUGACAACCAAAUGGGAGACUUUCGAGUCAGGAGUGGGAAGCUUAAGCGCACCAGCCGGCUUACAAUCUUCCACCAAAAUAACUCAGGAUUGGGAAUUGUUUGACUGAUGAGGUCUGUAUUGUAUAUACUUGCAGUGGAAGCAAAAUAUAUAAGCUAAAAUAUUAAUAGACCUGAGAAGUUGUUACUAUGAGGGUUGUGUUUGCUGCUCCUAAUGAUCACUGAAAGGCUGUUUACAUAUAAUUUGUCGACAGGUUAGGGACGAAGAUCAAAACUUUUUAACAGCUAUGAUAUAUAGUGAAGAGUUUGAGACGCCUGGCAAGCCAUCCAUUUUUGGGUGUAGGUGUAGGUGUUGGUGUCGGUGUCGGUGUCGGUGUCGUGUUAUGUAUUCCUGUGAUUGUGUGGUUCAUGUUUAUUCUUAACAAUAUGUAAAGAUAAAUCUUUUGAGCUUUUUUCUGCUAAGAUUUUCUAGAUGAUGUAAUUAAUCAAUUUUCAAUAAAGCUUUUACUGUAAUUAA